UUGAAUUUGUAAAUAGUAAGGGAUUGCAUGGUUUCAGGGUAUUGUGCUGACAAAGCCUUCUAUUGUCCAACGGAUAAAUUGAAUACAGUCUAUUACCCGCUCAAAUCAACGCUAUCAAUCUGAGGGGUGGUAUUACUUCUUUUUCUCUCAAAACUUCUUCAUACUCUUUAUCUCAUAACUUCUUCACUCUUUCUCUCAAUACAAACUCUUGCAAGGUUCAACUUUUUCACUUCUCAACAGAAUGGAAGAUGAUGAAGAGGUCGCUCGUGGUUUUGAUAAGAUAACAGACAUUGAUCAGAGUAAAGAUGUGUGGGUCCUUGCUGUGAGGAUUGUUGAUCUUUGGCCGGUUAUUGGCAAAUACAAAAGUGAAAGUCUUGAAAUGAUCAUUAAGGAUGCUGAAGCUGAUGUAAUUCAUAUUACGCUCCCUAAAGAAUUUCUCAAUGCAUUUAAACCUCAGCUGUUUUUGAACCAAACUUAUGAAAUGGAGAACUUUAAGGUGAGCAACAAUGACAGCGUUGUCAAGGCCUGUGAUCAUCGAUUUAGACUCACAAUCACAGGUGCCACUGUCAUUAGCAAGCAAGAUUUUCCAGACAUCCCUAUGGCAUCCUUCAACUUCAAGGACUUUGGUGAAGUCCUGGAUGGUAAAUACAGGCCAGAUUUGGUGGUUGAUGUCAUUGGAGCCUUUCAAGAUGUGACAAAUACUAACAGGGGAAAUGGGAGAUUAAGAUCAAUUACUUUUACCCUCAAAGAUGCUAGUGGCAAUAUUCUUCAUUGUUGCUUGUGGGAUGACCAUGCCAAGCUGUGUGCCGAUGAAUUCGACAAAUUUGAUGGAACUCAACCUCAACCAUUUGUUAUACUUGUCAAACAUGCAAGGGUUAAGCCGGAACAAGCUCCUUACCCACUUUGCUUCACAAAUACUUGGGAUGGAACUCGAGUUAUGUUCAAUCCACCUUUACUAGAUGUUGCGCUGUUCAAAGAGAAGUUUAAAGAUCUUCCAUCAGAUGCUCUUUCCUUAUCUCAAACUGCUUCCCAAUACAGUCAGGCCUCCCAAUUUUCACAAAAUACUGAUAUAAUGUCUAAUGCCAAAUUUCUUAGUCUUGCUGAGAUUUCUAAUAUCAGUCAGGAGUUGUCAUGUGUCACCGUUGCCGAAAUCAUAAAGUUAAAUGCUACAAGACAUGGUUGGACUUAUGAUGGAUGCAACCAAUGCACUAGAAGUGUCAAGCUUGAAGGUGAUAAGUGGAUGUGUUAUCAUAAACAUAAAAAUGAUGAGCCAUUGCCAAGAUACAAGGUUGAAGUCACUGCUGUUCAUAAGGAAGAAAAAAUCAGAUUCAUCUUCUGGGAUGACUUGUCUGCUUCCAUACUCAAGAUUUCUGCUGCCGAGCUGAGGAAAAAGAUGGUUAGGGCUGGUCAUACCAAUCCACGCACGUAUCCAAAAACUCUUGAUAAAUUGCUACAGAAGAAGAAGGUUUUUAAAAUUAAAGCGCUGCCAGGAGGAAAUCCAUGUUCGGUUCUCCAAGUUAGUGACAGUGAACCACUUCUGGCAAAUCUGGAGAAACAAUUUGGUUUGGUCGAGGCAUCUUCAAGUAAGGAACCUCUUGGACUUGAGAUGGCCGAUAUUGGAACUUCGAGUAAGCAAAGUGUCAGUCUUGGUUUUCUAGAGUUGUCAUCCAAGGAUACUUCUAUGGUUGCUGUUGAGUCUCUUUGCGGAGAAAACGAUCUAAGUGUAACUUCUUCUACUCCUCCGGCCAAAAGACUCUCCAUGGAUGACACUGAUUCUGAAGUCGUACCUGCUACACAAGAUGUGCAGCCUACUCAACGUUCAACUACCAAAGUUACUAAGCCUCCAAGGAAUACCAAAACUCCAAAGACCGAGCGCUAGAUGUUUUCCUCAUAUGUGUUCUAUCAAGAACCACACAGGCUGAUAUUUAUGACAUUACUAUAAUGCCACCUUUUGGACUAUAAACUAUGUUUAACUUUGAUAUUUUGUUGGUUGAAUGUCUUGAGGAACCCCUCAUGGAACUCAAUUAUCCUUUAUUAUCUUAUCUAUUACCUACUCAGACAAUUACCUUACUAAUAUUUCAGCUUCAAUGUUGGUUGAAUGCCACUCAACUCA